UAACCCAUUUCCCCAUCAUUUUCUCUCAUCAUAUUUCUCCUUACUCUUCCCUUCAUUUUCUCUCCAAUUUUCCCACCAUUUCCCCCCUUCCCAAACAACAUCAGACCACACACUAACCAUGCGUAUCAGCUGCAAUGGCUGCCGCGUCCUCCGCAAAGGCUGCUCCGACGACUGCACCAUCCGACCUUGCCUCCAAUGGAUCCGAAACCCCCAGUCCCAAGCCAAUGCCACCCUCUUUCUCGCCAAAUUCUACGGCCGCGCCGGCCUUGUCAACCUCAUCGACGCCGGUCCUCCGCAUCUCCGUCCUGCAAUUUUUAAAUCUUUGUUAUUCGAGGCGUGCGGGCGAAUUGUAAACCCGAUUCAUGGAUCCCUCGGUUUGAUCUGUUCCGGGAGCUGGCAGCUCUGUCAAGCCGCUGUUGAAGCCGUUCUUAAGGGCGAGCCGAUCACUUCUAUUUCUUCCGACUCUGAGUCGGCUUUUCAAGCUUGUGAUAUUCGCCACGUCUCCAAGGAUUAUAAGAACUCCUCCGAUAAGCUUCAUAAAGUUAAGUCUCGGAGCCGGUGUAAGCGGUCGGGUCCUAAGCCGAAUCCGAAAAAGUUACCAGAGGGCUUUUUGGGUGAGUUUGAUGACUCAAAGAGUCAUGAAUCGGAGAUGAGUCAGCAUCCUAGUAACGGUAGUGAUAACAGAGAAGGUGACAGCGUGUCAGUUGAGACGGUGGAGGCUAAGCUAGUUAAGGCUGAUGGAGCCGACGGAAGUGACGUGGAGCUGGACUUGACUUUGUGUUUAUAAAAGUGGGUCCCGUUAUGUGGCCAGGCACGCGCGCGGCUAUUGGUCAUUCAUAAUCUGGUGUGGCCAAGUCCAUGGUAGAAAACUAGAAAUAGUUUUGACGUCUUAAAUUAAGAAAAAUUAUCAUUGUAGUGAUCAGAAUUAAUUUUGUUUUUGAUCAAAUGUGGUUAUUAUAGGCUGUAUACAAAGAGGCUAUAGAAAAAUUAUACA